AUGGCUGACCAAACGUCGCCACUCGCCAGGCAGAUGUCCUUGAUUCCUUACGCCCAAGACACCCGUGAGAUUGUGCUGCGCCGCGGCAACGCUGUCGUGGUGUAUGAUAACAACUCUCGCCAACUCUCGGUCCGCGAUGCCUCUGAUCAGCCUGUUGAGCUUACCGACUGCCCCUACUGCCACCGACCACUGCGAAACAGGGACUCUUCUGGCGAGGAUGGAGAACAUGGCCGCGCUUUCGGCCCAGAGAGGCCUUUCGUCGAUCCCGACUACUUCGCCAUGCUGGCCGCCAGCCAGAGACCGUCACCCGUAGGAUCUGGCAAUUCGACCCCAAGUCGGCGAGUGCAGCCUGCGCUACGAUCUGGACGAUCGCGAGAAGUCAGCGGGUCGGCAGAUCCACCCACAGGAGCUGAAUUCGUCGCCAGCGAGCCCGUAACUGCCGGCAGUCAGGGGAUUAGUGCUUCAGCAUUCUCGUCAGGCUACUUCCAACAGUUCUUCAGAGAAGAACGAGAACUAGGGCGUGGCGGCAACGGCGUUGUGCUACUCGUGGAACACGUGAUUGACAACGUCUCACUAGGUCACUUCGCCUGCAAGCGGAUCCCUGUCGGUGACAGUCGAGCGUACUUUGAGAAAGUCAUUGUGGAAGUCAGGCUACUGCAAAAGAUCCCUCACAAGAAUCUCGUCGCAUAUCACUGGACAUGGCUGGAAGACCACCAACCAUCGAAGUUUGGUCCGAGUAUCCCCUGCCUCUGGAUCCUACAAGACUACUGCAACGGUGGUGACUUACAUAGCUACGUCCUGGGCCCGAAGACGGAGCAGUCAGUGGCAGACAGGCUUAAACAGAGGCUACGUCGAAAGUCAAGGGGAGACGCCAGUCCUCCUGGCGACUUACGCGGGCCCAGUAAGCUUGCUUUCGACGAGAUCUUCUCAUUCUUCAGAGACAUCACCUCUGGACUUCACCACCUACACUCAAAAGGCUACAUACACCGCGACCUGAAACCUUCCAACUGUCUGCUUCAACGAGACGGCGGCCGCACGAGAGUCUUGAUCUCAGAUUUUGGAGAAGUGCAAGCUGCAGGAGCGACCAGGGGCUCAUCUGGUGCUACUGGUACGAUCUCCUACUGCGCUCCAGAAGUGCUGCAGAGAACAGUCGAUGGCUCACUCGGCAAUUUCACUACCAAGUCAGAUAUCUUCUCUCUGGGAAUGAUCGUUUACUUCAUGUGCUUCGGCCGCCUGCCGUACACAAAUGCCGAUGACAUCAAUGAAGAAAAUGAGGAUCUUGAAGAGCUCAGAGCCGAGAUCACAAAAUGGUCCGGAUUCAGCGACGAGGCACGUUUGAGACCCGACUUGCCAGAGAGACUGUACAAAUACCUGAGAAGGCUCCUCAGCGUAGACCCGAACGAGCGUCCAUCAACAGAUGAAAUCUUGGCGAGCAUCAAAGGCGGCGUUGCUCCAGACGAGAACGAGUGGUCUUUUGACGACACUACACACCGAGUCUCUGCGGUCGAGUCUCCAGGUUCCAAAGCUACGUCAAGAUCGCGAAAAACGUCCUACAUCUCGCGGCCUGGUUUGUCAGGAGCUGGCAAGCAUCGAUCAAGUGACAAUGUCAGGGCUAGAAGUCCAAUCAAGCACGACCAAAGUCGAAGUCGACCGCUAAGUCCGCUGAGCCCUCUCGAGUCGUCCGUCGCUCUCAGCCACAAUCAUAAGAAGCUGGAGCUUUCGACAACAGAGGAGCCAGACGAUGACUUGCCUCAACAAAGCCCGCGUUUGAUGCUGCCACCACCUCCUGAGCGGCCAAUGGUUAAUUGGAUCACCCAAAUCGUCCACGACACACGAAUAGCACUUGCACUGCGCGUGGCCAGCUUUCUUGUAAAGCUGCUAUCAUUGUCGCUGCCCUGUGCACCUUACGCCGCAAAUCAAUGGCUGAUGUACCCUCUUCUCUCCUUAGCUGCACUGGACCUGGUCCUGGUACCUUUCAGCUUGAGGCUGUCUUCAUCAUUGCUUGCAGUACACUUCGCCGUUGCCCUCACUGCCUCGAAUUACUCUCGACUCUGCGAGGCUGGUAAUAUUGUUUGGGAAGGAAUAUGA